CUCUCACAUCUUUCUAGCAGAGUGACAGAGAGAGAGGUAGAGGGAAAGAGAGAGAGUAAGAGGUGUACAGACAGACGGAGAGUGAAAGUAGGGCAGCGGAAGGAAGAACAGAGAGAGAGACUACUUCUUGCUAUUCCACGAUUGCUGAGAGAGAUUUGACCAUGAAGCUCUUCUGCCUCUUGUUCCUGCUGGGUGUGUCUACAGUUCAGGCAGCUCAUCAGGACACCUCCAGGGUCUACCCCACCGUAACCUCGCAACUCCAGCCCCAGACGCAGCCUCCAGCCGAGGCCAAGUCCCGCUUUGCCAUGCUGGACGAUGUCCGUCUCCUUGCCAACGGCUUGCUCCAACUGGGUCAGAGCCUCAGGGAGUUUGUCCACAAGACCAAGGCCCAGAUCAACGACAUCUUUCAAAAACUCAACAUCUUUGACCGCUCUUUCUACCAGCUCUCUGUGGUCACCUCUGAGAUAAAGGAGGAAGAGGAGGAGCUGAAGAAGACCACCACAUUCCUCAAGGCCAACAACGAGGAGAUCCGGAACCUGUCACUGGAGAUCAACUCCAAGAUCAACAGUAUCCUGCAAGAGAGGAGCCAGCUGCAGAGUAAAGUAGGCGGGCUGGAGGAGAAACUGAAGGGACUGUCGGAGAGUAUGAUACCCGCAGAGCAGCUCAACGAGAUCAAGUCACUCAAGGAUGUGAUUGAGACUCAGGAGAGGACCAUCACGGACCUGCUGAAAGCUGUGAGGGAGCAGCACGAUCAGCUCAACCACCAAAAGACUAAGAUCAAGACUCUGGAGGAAAAGAUCAGCAUUGACAAUUUCCAGGACACGACUGACAAAGCAGCUGAUUCCAACUCGGAGACGCCAGACAUGUUCGAAUACCUGACAGGCAACUCCACUGGUCCGGACGCAGACCUAUCCAUGGACUGCAGUGAUCUGUUCAACAGAGGCGAGAGAAACAGCGGGGUGUACUCUGUCAAGCCAAACCAGUCUGAGCCUUUCAACGUGUACUGUGAACUGACCUCAGAAGGAGGAUCAACAGUCAUCCAGAGUAGGGAGGACGGGUCUGUGGAUUUUGACCAGGCAUGGGAGAAAUACGAGAACGGAUUUGGGGAUCUGGAAGGAGAGUUCUGGCUGGGCCUGAGGAAGAUCCACAGCCUUGCUGGUCAGGGUGAAUCUAUCCUGCGUAUUGAGCUGGAGGACUGGAAGGAGGAGAGGAGGUCUGUAGAGUACCAGUUCACCCUGGAGGGACCCCAGGCCCACUACACCCUCCACCUCACCCACCUGUCUGGUGAUCUGCCCGACGCCAUGGGCAACCACAGUGGCAUGAGGUUCUCAACCAAGGACAGAGACAACGACAACCACCAGGACUCCAACUGCGCCAAAAACUACACAGGUGGCUGGUGGUUCAAUGCCUGUGGUGACACCAACCUGAACGGCAGGUACAUGUGGCUGAGGUCAAAGGGUCGUUCCAUGAGGAGGAAAGGAAUCCAGUGGAAACCUAUGGGGACCUCAUACUCUCUCAAGACCACCAAGAUCUCCAUACGACCCGCCUCACCCGCCCCCCUCACCUCAAGCCCCCCAUAACCUCGUCCCCACCUACAUUACACCUCGUUGGUAUGGCAACAACAAAUACACCCCCUCUCGCCGUAACCUUCCACUUACCCACCCUCACAUUACACAUUGUUGGCAUGGUAGCAAAAGAUAGAGCAGUUGUUGACAGUAGAAAAAAUGUCAGCCGCCAAUAACAGCCAGCCAACAAAUUUGUAUGACAGAGAAAAUAAGCUGACUCGUCAGAAUGAUGCAAUUAGCAGUCAGCCGGUCAAUGACCUCACAACUUGUUUCCAGAAACACAUAGAGUUGGGUAACAACUGGGAGGGGUAAUCAGUUUUAUAAGAGCCAAGUUUUGGUUUGGAUGGAAUGUCAGAUGAUUCAACAUUGUCUGUCCUGGUCUGCAACACAUCCCAGCACUGAGAAGUUAGGCUACCUUCAAUGGGUGAUUUUUUUUUACUUCUCAAUUAAGCAAUUUAUGUAACCGACAGAACACUCUGCUUUAGAUAAGUUACUACUCAUUAUGUUAAAUGAAUGAACUACAUGUGACAAAGGCAUAAUCCUCAGGCAUGUCCUUAUCCACUGAUUUAUCACUCUAUAUUGUGUUUCUGCACAUUUGGUGGCUGUUGCUGAAUGUACCAAAUAUUCACACGUAAGUAGAAUAGAAUAUCAACAUGAUGCAUAGAUCUUCAAAUGUAUAUGAGCUUAGUGUUUUCACCAUCUUUUUAAAAACUUUAUACUGUAUUUAAAACCAUUUUGAUGUUCUAUUAAAUGUGCUGCCAGGUUAGUUAACGUCAGGUCAUUUACAUUGGUCAUAUUGACUCUUGUCUCCUGCCAACUCUUAUCUUUCUGCUGCAUUUAAAACGGCUGCUACUUACUGUACAUAUUUUAUGUUUCUUACUAAUUAUUGCUGAGCGAUUAAAUUAAAUUGAGUUUUUCCCCCCCAUUAUUAAACUAAUUGACCGACGUUGGUUCAAUUACUUGAAUUCCAUUUCGUUUUUGUCAGUUCAACGCGCCGUUCCUCUAGAGAAAUAAUAACAAGCAAGAGAGAAAUCAGAUCAAGAAUGAACUGAAAUGCUAAACAUAGUUUUUCAAUCGAAUAAUAUUUAACCUAGUUCAGCGCAGUGGUAAUUAACUACAAUGCCCAUAAUCCAUUGCGCCUGUACUGCCUUCCAUAUGUUACUCCCGGCCAUAUGCAUGAGAGAGUUAUGUACACAAAACAGACAAAAGGGAUAGAGACAGUUUGAGAGGUAGCUCUGCCCGAUUGACAGUUGUAGUAUUUGGUAAUUAGCAGUCUUGAAAGUGAUUUUUUCAUAGAGCAUAGGCAGCUAGCUACUAGCUUAGCUAAAUAGGAUAACUCGUUGGAGAGAACGUCAGAUGGUUGUCUGGCUGGCUGCUACUGCCUGAGCAGAGAUGAGAUGACUAACAAAUUAAAUAGAAUAAAAAGUAAUAAGACUGUUAGAAUGUUUUGGCAAUUGGAUGUUCUCAAUAUUUGGCUUUGGAUUAUUUAUUAAAAAGCUCUAAAAUCAUUUUAAGGUAAUCAUUUAAUGUAAAAAUGUUUUUUUGAACCAAAAUCGAAAUCCUCCAAAAAAAACACUAAUUGCUCAGCACGAUUACUUCCACCUUAUCAGAGAGACUCUGGUAAACUACUGUAUAUUUAUAAUGACAAAUAAAACCAUCAUACUCAAAACAAAUAUACUGCUGUCCUUUGUAUUCUUUGCCAAGGAAAAACCAACAAACUGAGCUAAUGAUCUAAUGCCACCGAAUCAGGUUUAGGCAACGCUUCACCAACCACAGGUCAUCACACCCCUGGCCUAGAAACGCAACAGUUGAGUCUGAUCAGCCCGCAAUGCUGACAACAAUCCUGAAACAUUAUUUGCAUUAACCAUCUUAUGCAAGUGAGAGGCCAAUAUACAGUACACUAAACCUACAGUGAGUAAAUGGCAUUUGCUACUGUACCAAGAUGUACUGUACCGCUUAUCCAAUCGACAUGUAAAUGUACAGCGGGUAAAUAAACUUCAGAGCUCACAGCAUUUUCUACCAUAGAAUUAGAAUACUAGAAUGGACAUGAACCUUCCUAUGAAGGUAUAAAUGGUAAGCAAUGUUGGUGAGUUGGUCAACCAUGCCAGUGCUGUGAUAAGAUAGUGUAAGACAAUUCAUUUGAAGAUGACCUGCACUGUGCGUAUGUUAGCUAGCUAAACAGACAGGUUUAGUGGAAUGAUUGCAGUAGUUCUUCAAAUUAAACUGCCAACACGACAACAUUCCAUACAAACAAUGCAGUCAAUCCACAGCCAAACAGUGGCUGAAAUUAGUUGAUGAUAUGACUUAGACAAGUUGGAAAUGCAAGUACUGGUAUUGUACUAUCACUCAUAGCUUUCCAAGAAAACAAAAAUGGAGACAUGGUCCGUUGACAUAUUUCCCCAUCUCAGGAGGUAACUAUAGCAGGUGCCUAUUUAAAGUAACAGGGUUGACGAUUUAAAUCGACGACUUAAUCUUAUAUCAGUCAUAAAUCCCUGUGUGACAGGGGUCAUGGAAGCUUGUCGUGUGCAACAGGGAGUGGCAAUUGAAUGCAAGCGUCACAAAAAGUCACUGCUAAAACAUUUAUAACCCGUCUAUCUUUGAGUAAGAGGGAUGGCGUGUAAUGCUCGACCGGCUCAGUUUUCAACCACAAAACCCCAGAAAAUUGCCAAAAAGGGUAGAACCUAAAUGAAUCACUAAUCACAUUAAAUAAAUUGUUUUCGCCUUUGCGUCGUCUCACUGAAAUUUUGUUACUCUUUCAAAUGACUGUUUGACUUGUUGACUGCUCGAUCCACACAGCAGACAUUGUGGGCUAGUUUAGGAAUGCUGUGUUACACGUAUAGCGCACAAUUUUAUGUGGCGUCAUUACGUCAUGUACCUUCGUUAUAUAGAUAUGCACGUCAGCUUCGACAUCGGUUUUGCACAUCGGGCAUUAAACUAUGUUGCCAUUUUUAGCUAAUAUCGGCCAUUUCCGAUAUGUUCACCUAUAUAUCGUGCAUCCCUAAUGACAGGAUUUCUGAUAUAUCCCAUUUUACUUUUAUUUUCCUGCAUACGUAAAAGCAGGAAAUGCAGCCUCUACUGCCAUUAUUCCAAUUAGAAUCGUUUGGAUUUCUCCCUGACCAAAAUGUCUGCCAUUACCAAACCAUUCUGGAACUUUGAGAGUUAAUGAUAUAUCCCUCCUAGUAAUGUAAUAGUUUGUAACACAUCAAUCUCCUUAACCAGGAAGUAUGCAGAGCAACUAAAGCAGAGUUACUAAAGCUGGCAGGAGCUCAAUCUAGGAAGGCCCUGCCUGCUAUCAGGAGACAAACAAGGCCUCAGGGCAGCUGAAGUGGCCAUGUCAACACAACCUGUGAUAAGGGUCCUCUCGCUCUUUCUUUCUCUCUCUCUCUCUCUCAUUCCCUCCAUGCCACCACAGUGUCUGAUAAGAGCCCUCUCUCCCUCCCUUCAUCUCCCUCUUUCUCUCUCGCCAUGUCAACACAGCGUCUGAUAAAAGUCCUCUCUCCCUCACUCUCUGACCUUGACUAAAAUAGCAGCAGGGCUCAGAAGGUCACUCAACACAAGGCUGUGUGCAGUUAGUCAGUCGAUCUGGCAGUCACACGGGACAUGGGGUGCUGUUACAGAUUGUUACAUGUUGAACCUGGUGCGCCAUGGCUAGAAGGAAAGCUUAAUAUCAACAGGAAGGCCUGUAGGUUGUGUGUUGUGCUGCUCUGUUACAGUAGUGUUACCCCCAUGGCUCAGAUGAAAGCGAGACACAGAGUGGAAGGGAGAAAGACCGUUUGGUUCGUCUGUGUGCUCCAGGCUCCAGUGUGUUUGAUCAGAACAGUUAGAUGGAAAUACACAGUCUCAAAAACAGGAAGGACUUCUUGUGUGUUACAUUCCCCUUGACGACUAGGAAUGACAUCAACGUGUCAGGAAUGCCCUGUUGAUGGUAUUAGAUUGUAAGUCUAAGGAUGGUAUUGGAUUACAAAUUCAAGCCCUCUAGCACAAACUUCCGCUGUACCUUACUUCAUUGUUAAACUACAGACUUACCAGACCCGAUCACAGGGAUGGCAAACUCUAUAAGUCCCGUUGAACUGUUGAGGAAAGUGAUUGCUUUUCAUUAAUUGCUUGUAAGUAAGUACUGUAUGUUUUUAUUGCAUUGCAUUUGUAAAAUGCUGUAUUUGUAUGCAGGGCUCUCUUGAAAAAGAGGCCUUGGUCUCAAUGGGAUUUCCCUGCUAAAAUAAAGGUUAAAUAAAUAUC